AUGAGCGAAGAUGCCGGCAAGCAGCUGUUGAACUUGAUCAAGAAUCCCUACAGUCAACAGCUGCAAAAGAACUCCAUCUGGGCUGCCUUGGGCACUUCUCUCGGCGUCACCAUCGGCAUCGCCCUCACCUUCUCCCUGCUCCGGCCAUACAACCAGUCCGUAUACGCGCCCAAGCUCAAACAUGCCGACGAAAAACAUGCUCCUCCGCCCAUAGGGAAGAAGAUAUGGUCCUGGAUCCCGCCCCUAUGGAACACAAGCGAGGCUGAUCUGGUCCAUCAUGCCGGCAUGGACGCCACUAUUUUCCUCCGCUUCAUCCGCAUGUGUCUUUACAUGUUCUGCACCAUCUCCGUCUUUUGCCUUGCUAUCCUGAUCCCCACCUAUCUGGCUAACCGUACGGAUGGUAUUGACGAGACUUGGCUCGAUGCGAUUACACCCAUAGCGGUCUGGGGCGAGGCCUACUGGGCUCAGGUCGCCGUCGCGUACAUGAUUACAUUCACCGUCAUGGGUUUCUUAUGGUGGAACUACCGCAAGGUGAUGCUACUCCGCCGUAGGUACUUCGAGAGCGAGGAGUAUCAGAACAGCUUGCAUGCGCGGACGUUGAUGAUGUACGAUAUUCCCAAGGACAAAUGCUCCGAUGAGGGCAUUGCGAGAAUCAUCGACAAAGUCGUGCCCUCUUCUUCUUUCUCCCGUACUGCCAUUGCCCGAAACGUAAAGGACCUACCCAAGUUGAUCGAGCAGCACGACCACACAGUUCGCAAGCUGGAACAGGUCUUGGCCAAGUACAUGAAGAAGCCCGACCAGCUUCCGGCAGCCCGUCCGAUGUGCAAGCCCUCAAAGAAGGAUCCGUCCUUCGCCACGUAUCCCAAGGGUCAAAAGGUAGACGCCAUCGAGUACCUGACGCAGCGGAUCAAGGAGCUUGAAAUCGAGAUCAGGGAAGUCCGGCUCAGCGUCGAUAAGCGGAGCACCAUGCCCUACGGCUUUGCCAGUUACUCUGAUAUCGCCGAGGCCCACAACAUCGCCUACGCCAGCCGCAAGAAGCGCCCGAAUGGCGCGGUAAUCACCUUGGCCCCUCGCCCGAAUGACAUCAUCUGGGACAAUUUGCCUCUGAGCUCCUCGGUCCGUCGGUGGAGGCGUAUUGUCAAUAACCUCUGGAUCGCAGUGCUCACUUUCGUAUGGGUUGCCCCCAACGCCAUGAUUGCCAUCUUUCUCAUCAACUUGGACAACCUCGGCAACGUAUGGCCGGCAUUCCAACGAGAGCUUGCGAGGGACCCGAGCUGGUGGGCUAUCGUCCAAGGUAUCGCGUCGCCCGCCAUCACGUCGCUCGUCUAUCUCGUUCUUCCCAUCAUCUUCCGCCGGCUGUCUAUGAAAGCCGGAGAUCAGACAAAGACGGGUCGUGAGCGUCACGUUAUGGCCAAGCUUUACGCCUUCUUCGUCUUCAACAACCUCAUUGUGUUCUCACUCUUUAGCGCCGUCUGGUCCUUUGUGUCCGCUGUUGUCUCGGAGACGAAUGGCAACAAGAGCAUUGAUGCUUGGCACGCCAUUAUUGACCAGAAUCUUGCGACGACAAUCUUUACGGCCCUCUGCAAAGUCAGUCCUUUCUGGGUUACAUGGCUUCUCCAGCGCAACCUCGGUGCUGCCAUCGACCUCGCCCAGCUCUGGACGCUCGUCUACAGUUUCUUCGUGCGCAAGUUCUCGAGCCCGACCCCCAGAGAGCUCAUCGAGCUCACGGCGCCUCCUUCGUUCGACUACGCCAUGUACUACAACUACUUCCUCUACUAUGCGACCGUCGCCCUGGGCUUCUCUGGCAUUCAGCCUUUGGUCCUCCCGGCCGCCACCUUGUACUACGCCAUCGACUACUGGCUCAAGAAGUACUUGCUUCUCUACAUCUUCGUCACCAAGACCGAGUCUGGAGGCAUGUUUUGGCGCGUCCUCGUAAACCGCAUGCUUUUUGCCGUUUUCCUAUCGAACUGCGUCUUCUUCCUCAGCGCGUGGGCCCGAGCCGACUGGGCGACUCACAGCCAGGCCUUGGCCAUCGCCCCUCUGCCCAUUUUAUUGAUCAUCUUCAAGGUCGUCUGCUCCAGGGUUUUUGACGACAAGAUUCAUUACCUGUCGACGACCAACAUUUCCAAGCAUCCCGAAGCCGGCAUGCAGAAGGAAACACGCCUGCGCAGCGAGCGCCUGGCAUCGCGUUUCGGUCACCCUGCGUUGUACAAGCCGCUCAUCACGCCAAUGGUGCACCAAAAAGCACAGCCGUAUCUGCACAUCGUCUACAAGGGCCGUCUUUCGGAUGGAAGAGAGGUCAACAGCGGCGACAUGAUGAGCGUUUCGGGCUACUCGGACACAUACGCGUUGGACCCCAUGAGCUCUGGCAAGCCCGGCAAGUCGGCGAACGUGCCCGGAUUCGAAUUCGUCUCCGAGUCGAACCUCGACUUCGAGUUCUACAAGAACAGGGCAGAAUUCGCGGACGAGCACGGCCAGGGUGACCUAUUCGGCCGGGAUCUCGACAUCAUGCGCCCCGGCACGCCCGGAUCCAUGUCUGACUACGGCUCCCGUCCCGGGACUCCUACCGGCGUUCAAUUGCAGGGUGGCAUGACGGGACAACGGCGCGACAUUUCUGGUCAGUCGGGGUUCUCGGCCUACAAACCCAACCCGCCGGCCUACAUGUCGCCCACCGCCAGCGGCCGGCAGUCUCCGACAAGAUUGGGCUCACCACAGGCCGGCUUCACUCAACAGGCGAUGAUGGGUGAUCGGUCUCGUAGCCCUUUAUACAAUAUCAACAGCAACGGAAGCGACACGGCGCUGGUGCGCAACGCUGCGGGCAUGCCCGUGAGCGCUCCCACACCGGGCCCUACUGUGGGCGCGUUGGGCGGCGGACCGAGGGGCUAUAGUGGACUCCCCCAGGCCGACGCGGAUUCGCUCGACCAGGACCCGUCGCAAUACGACUACUUUCGCGGGUCGAGGCGGCGCCCCAACGACGGAUGGUGA